GGGUUUUGGAAGGUGAGCCAAGUCAGCGUCGGAUCAACAUUGAAGUGUUUUGAAAGCAUAACUGACAACUAAAGAUGUCAUAAAAAACCUUUUGAACUCAACUGCAAUGGAUGACUUAGACCACAGUGUGCUGAUAGCAGAGCAGGACUGGGACUGUUUCUGUACAGACAGUGAGGAAUGUUCUGUUCAGCAAGCCAAGCUUGCAGCCUUAGAGGAGUCUGGCUUCAGUGACACUGACGAUGACAAAACCUCUGUCCACGUGUCAUCUCUUUCCAGCCAGACCAGCCCUGAUCAACUCUUUGAAAAAGAUUGUGUAGAAGUACAAAAACAACAACAAAUAAGAGAAUGUAAAUUAGAACAUACAUCUGAGAACUCAGAGUUUACUGAACAUCCUAACCCAAAUGCAGAGCCACAGAAUACCAGGUCCGCUGAGCAGAUGUCUGAUACUGGAGCAAAUGAACCAGGGGCUACAUGUGAAUAUCACAACAAAGCUAAUGAAGACAGCAACCUGACUGAGAAGUUAAACUUAGAGAAAUUAAGAGGAAAUUACGAAAAUCAGGAGAAUGGUGAGAAUCAAUCAAGCCAAGCCACAACCAAGCCAGUCUCUGAAAUCUCUAUAGAAGAUAUAAAGUAUGAAAAGAGAAAGGAUGGUAUAGAAACGUUAACUGAGGUGACAGACUGUUCACCAGUGGCCCAAAAAGAGAAGGAACGUUGGUUUGUGACUGUAAAUGACAGCCCAGUCCGCCUGAGAGUAAAGGAUCCCAACUCGGUCAAAAAAAAAAAAAGACGAAAAAAAAAACCUUCUAAAAACUUUAGACAGAAUAGCGGAGUGAUGGAGAAGUGCUCUUCCUUAAAUAACAAUACAGAACCAGAUAAAGAAAUUACUGAGAGACAAAUAACGCAGGACAAAUUUGAACAAGAACAUUUUUCUUCUGACUCACCCAAUAUUCAAAAUGUACUUCAUAUCCAAGAUGUUAAAUGUAUUUCGCCCACUGGAUCACCUGAGGGUGAAGGAGGAAAAACAAGCUGUCCUAUUAGUCUAAAAAAGGAAAGCAUGUCAGAAAUGCCAGAAGCUAACUUAGAAAGAAAUCCUGCCGACUCCCUAAAUUCACAGACCAUAUUUAAAGAUCUCAGUGGCCCUUUGCCACAGUACUGGGAUCAUGAAAGCGCUGUGUGUGAUAAAUAUGACAAAUCCAUAGUAGAUAUUAACUGUGAAUGUCAACAUUCAACUGAUAAUUUAAGCCACUUUAAUAAUGACACAGGGGUGGAAAGUCCCAGAUUUAUUCUGGGUGCCUCUGAACCCUCUGCUCCUUCAGAUACUGAAGGAGAAAAAAAAGAACAGCAAGAGCCCUCGGGACAGACUUAUAAUAGAGAAGAAUCAUCCCAAUCAUCCCAAAAGACACAAUCCUCCAGUAACAGUGCCAAGACUUCAGGUCCAACUCGACCCAUAUUUGCCAUUUCCUCCUUUUGGGAUGAAAUGGAAAAACUGACAAUAAAUGAUAUUUUGCAACUUAGAAUAGCCAAUAACAGGUCUCUACUGACAGAAAGCAUCAUUCCAGAAGAAAGCAGCCCUGUGGUCGCUGUCGAUGUUCAUCUUCCAGAUAGGGGUGAUGUGGAAUCUAAAGAUGAUAGUUUAGAAGAUGGCCUGGUAGACGACGCAGCAGAUUCAGACUAUUUCACACAUUUGGAUGACUCUAAACCAGACCGAUCGAGCUGUGAAUUCUCGGCUUACUCUGAUUUCGAUGAUGAGUUUCUACAACUUCUUCAUGCAAGUGCAAACCCUAGCCCUGAACCCCUUGAAGGCAAAGAGCAAACCCAACGUUUUCUUGAGUCUGGCAUAGAUUCAGAAGAAACUUGGCCAAGUGAAUCAAAUGAGACGGUGAAGCUGUGUCCUGAGAGUGAUCCCUCACUAUAUUUGUAUUCAGAGACAGAAGCAGAAAUGCAGGACGUAUUUUUAACAGCUAAAGAAGAAAACAACACGAAUACCUUUCUAUUGGACCACUGUAGCACAAGGAGAUCAACGCCUUCACCAGUUUUAUCGAUUUCUGAUAUUCUAGACGAUCAGUGUCUGCUGUCUUUCUUCGAAAUCUUGAGAAGUGACACCAAAGCAGAGCAAUACCAAACUUGGAUCCCAGAAAGUAACACUUCGCUUUGUUUUUCACAGAGCUUAUCUGUGGCUGAAACUUAUGAUGACUUCUUCUCAGAUUUUGAGGUUGGGAAUUUUCUCUUUCCUUCAGUUCAAGUUUCAACAAAGAGCGAGAAAACAUUGGUACCUAUCUAUUCCUCUUCUCAUUCAGUGGUGAAAGACCUAGAAUUUCCAGAGGUAGAAGAGGUGAUACAGUCGAAUUGUGAAGACGAGAACGCCCCAGUCCGAGUUAUGAGGUGUACAAGCCCUUCUGAAACAUCAAACAUGUGCUUUAUCACUAGCCGGAGAAGUACCUGGCGAAAACUUUCUCUGAGACGCACCAAACUUCUAAUGGGAAGGACCUGGUAUAGGAUGGCCACCUCUUGGGGUUUUCCCAAGACAGUUGACACAGUCUACAGUUAUAGAACAAGAACAUCAUCAAGUUCUUCUAUAGCUCAGCCAAAGCUUCCAGAGCGUUUCCUAGACAACCAGGCCCUUGGACAAAUGACAGAACAUCAGAUACAUGUUGGGGCAACUUUUGCAAACGCAGAUAGAGAUUGCUUCCUUUUUUCAUUAAAGCAAGCAGACAUGUGCCUUGUUUGCAUUGCUUUUGCGUCUUGGGUACUGAAGUCAAGCAACCCACAAUCUAACGACAUGUGGAAAGCAGCUCUUCUGGCAAAUGUGAGUGCGAUCUCUGCCAUCCAGUACUUGCGGCGAUAUGUAAAAGAAGGAUGAACCAUAAAAAUCUAAUAUUAGAGCUUUCUGAGGAUUUCUCACAAGGGGCCAGUGUACAGGAAAGGGUUAAUUUUGCACAAAUUCACAACAAACACUUUAGUAAAUACACAUAUUAGAUUGUAUUCCAUAUUUACUAACGGUCUAAUAUUUUCAUGUUUAAUAUAUUCAUGUUACAAAAUAGGUGUUCAAUCAAUAAAUAACUUAUCAAAGGACAAUUUUGUUAAAAAAAAAAAAAAAGCAUACAAAGCAAAGGAGAAAACAUUAAUUUUUUUUCCCCCCGUACAAACACUUGUUCAGUUAGAAGACAUAUAUUGCUUUAGAUAUGAUGUUGAUAUGGACCAGAAAUGACAACUGGUAAGUUUUGCGUCAAUUAUAUUCAGGACUCAAGCUGUGCUAUACAUAUUUAUGUAACUAACAAGUAAACUGUUUUGCAGUGUACAUAUAAAAAACGUUUUCACUGAUAAUCACUCUAGAUGCAUCUAUUAAAUGCAUAAACAUCAUGCGGCCAAAGCUUUAAAAAAAAGUUCAUAUAGUUUUUCAGUGAAGAAACAGAUUUGAGCACAUUUCAUGAAGAAUAUAAAUUUGCACAUAAAAUAUAGUUGGAAGUUAAGGAGGUAUCAGAAAGUGCCAGAAAAAUAUGACUGCUGCUGAGUGUCAAAUAUUUCUAUCACACAUAAGCAAAGACUGAUGUCAGUGUAUUAAGUGUAUAUGAAACAGCCUCAGAAAAUUAUGCUUACAAAUAACAAAUGAAUUUAUUACUAAAAGAAAAUGUACUGAUGAAAAAAUGAAAAGAUCCGAGUUGACUGUGUUCAUAUGACAUGUUAAAGAUGAGUAAAAAUAAUUC